UAUCAGCGGCAGGAUGGCUAUCGCCCCUGCUCGCGCUAUUUUGAUAGUUAGUUUCAAUAUAUUCCGUGUAGUAUGCAGGAAAUACGGAUUUUACCUUGUUAUUGGGAUAAUGAUCAUCCUAUUUCAAGGUUUUUCGGGGUACUAUGUGUUGCGCCUGGGGACAGAUGAGAGGCAGUUGGAAGCUUACAACAGCCGAUCCAUACCUGAAGAGGAGAGAUCACAAGUGGAUGUUGAGAGUCGUGUGUAUCAAGCCAACGACAAGGGAGACGCUGAUAGUCACAACAAAGGUCCUCCUGAUGUUGCGGAAGUAGACAGUAAGGAGCUAAGCAAAGAGUGGCUGGGGAUCGACACUCCUUGUAAAAUCAGAAGUAGAGAAAGUUUGUCUGCCAUCAAGAGAGCCACUACAGUUCACUGCAAGACUGUCAUUGCUAACAUAUCAUGCCAGAUUCAGGCUGGCAGCUUUUACCCAGUAAGACUUCAGAGCUACUGUCCCUCUAAUGGAAAGGUUCGAGGCAAGCACGUGGGCUGCUUUGUUGACAGUCGUGAAAAUCGAAUACUGAGAGGCCACGCAGGACAACUAAAGCGCAACACUCCAACCUUAUGUAGCGAUAUAUGUUAUCAACGUGGAUAUAUAUAUUCCGGAGUGCAGUAUGGGAAGGAAUGUUUCUGUGGUAAUGAAGAAAUACCUCUUCAGAUGAAAGUUGCAGACAGCCUGUGCAAUAUGCCAUGUACUGGGGACUCUCAUCUGAAGUGUGGAGAUUACCUUCACAUUAACAUUUAUCAAACUGGAUUGGCAAAGUAUGUCCCACAAGCUCUGAAGGGGCCAUCAUCAGCGGGCAGAAACAUCCCAGUGAGAAUUGUUUUCAUCUUGACCGUCAAUGGUAGAGCCAUGAGGCAGCUCAGUCGGCUAGUUAAGGCUCUCUAUCACAAGGACCACUAUUUCUUCAUCCAUGUGGACUCUCGACAAGACUACCUGUUCAGAGAGGUGCUGAAGCUCGAGGAACAGUUCGACAACAUUCAUGUGUCUCGGUACCGACUGUCUACCAUAUGGGGCGGUGCUUCCCUCCUCAAGAUACUUCUACACUGUAUGCAACAAGUGUUACAAAUCAAAAGUUGGAAUUGGGAUUUUGUCAUUAACCUCAGUGAAUCUGAUUAUCCUAUUAAAAAAAACGAGGAGCUGGUGAGUUUCUUGACCAACAACAAAGAACGCAAUUUCCUCAAAUCCCACGGCCACGACACCAACAGAUUCCUUCAGAAGCAAGGACUCGACCGCACCUUCCUCGAGUGUGAGACUCACAUGUGGAGGAUCGGUGAACGACGGCUGCCUCUUGGUAUACGCGUGGACGGUGGUAGUGACUGGCUGUGUCUUAACCGUCAUUUUGUGGAGUAUGUGAUUAACAGCCAAGAUCAGCUGGUGGGAGGCCUUAAGAAGAUUUAUUCCUACACCCUGUUGCCUGCUGAGUCAUUCUUCCAUACUGUUCUCCGCAACUCACGCUUCUGCCAGUCUUUCACGGACAACAACCUUCAUGUUACGAACUGGAAGAGGAAGUUAGGCUGCAAGUGUCAGUAUAAGCACAUUGUUGAUUGGUGCGGCUGUUCACCCAAUGACUUCACUCCUGGUGAUUGGCCUAAGCUUGAGACGUCAUCAUCACGCAACCUGUUCUUCGCUCGAAAGUUUGAGGCGGUGAUCAGCCAAGCCAUCAUUAACCAGGUGGACGCUUGGCUCUACACUCCCUACUACUCCUCUACUCCGGGACUAGAAAGUUACUGGGAAAAUCGUUACCAUCAUGAGGACAAACCGUCUAGCAAUAAUGACGCAGCCCUUACACUCUACCAUGCUGGAGCCAGACUCAGUACUCAGUCACUCUCUCAUCUCAUCACCACAGAGAAGAAUGACUGCGCGAUCUAUGCCACUUCUGUUCUUCAGGCUUAUUCCUAUCAUGUUAGCGACACAUUUAAGGGUGUUGUGAUACAGUUUGUGGGUACUAUAAGUGGUCAGGGAACCUUUCAUCUUGAAACUUGGAUCUUCCCACAUGUCAAGUACAGGUUACCCUUUGAGAAACCAAACCAUAGAUUAACUGAUCUGGAAGUGGGAACAGAUUUUGACGUUAAGGAGCAAGUUUUUCGUAACUUUGGUGGAGCUAUGGGCCCCAACAGUGACGUCACUGUAGCAACACGAUGGUCUGGUGGGGUGACUGGUGAUGAGAGAGUUGGUGGGGAGGACACAGUGCAGCAUCCUCUCAUAGUUCUCAUUGAUCCAACAUCAACUCUUGCUGCUGAAGCUGAGAUUACCCUGGAACCUGGAGAACAGGUCGUCUCACACAAUUUUGAGUUACGUAAGCCACUUCUUCCUGGGUCGUGGAUGAUGCGAGUGCUGAUUGACAACGUUGUGAUCGCCUCCCACUCGUUCCUCAUCUUACCUCUCCAGUUUGUACAAGGGCGUCAGAUAUCAGUUAAAGAGGCCAGGAUGCUGCACAAAGGACCGUCAGAGCCAUAUACUAAUGCAGAUCUCAGCCACAGUAGCCUCCUGCUGAGCCUUGGGCAGCCUGGUAACUCCUCAGCCCAGGAAGUCUCCGCCUUACACUCUCACCUGCAUGGUCCUAAGCUGUCUAACUGGAUCGAUAAUCUAGUCACCAGGUUCUACACUAUUCAAGAUUCAUGUUACAUCCCUAGUCAACACGUGCCAGAGUGUGUUCACGUUCUUCUGGACUCCUGCACAAAGAACAUCUGGAGCUCUCAGUCACCCGACCCCAAGUCACACCUCGGGGAAAUUGACCCCAAGACGGGAAAAAUUGUCGACUCUUACCGCAUUGGCAAUAGUGAAUUUAGAUAAGUUUGGUGAUCCAGAUAUAAUGUGUUGAUAAAAAUCUCUGGAUCAGUGUGGUUGGUUGCAGUGAAUAUAUCUACCCAGUUAUUGAUAUAUCAUACUGUGUACAGAACAGCAUGGGAGAGUCUUGUUGGUGGGACCAUUAAGAAUUUAUGAUAUCACUUGGAACCAUUUUAUUAGUAUAAGUGCAUAAUUGGCUGUGUAUCAUUGCAUUAAAAAUCAUUUAAAAUAAAAAAUAAAAUGAAAAGGAAUAUUACAAUGUAUAUAAAUAUAAUGAAUAUAUUUUUUAUUCUUUCAAACUUUUUUCUCCAUAAUGAUGAAUGAUUGGAAACAGUAGCACACACACACACACGCACACACACACAGUGAUGAAUGAUUAGAAACAUUAGCAGAUACAGUGUGUGUGUGUGUGUGUGUUUACUCUUGUUUUUGGCCCAACCUGCAUUAAGUGGGGGAUAUGACUUGAAAGAAUAAAGAAUAUAUAUACAGUAAAUAUAUAUAUACUACAUGGUAUAUGUGAUAUCGUUCAAGAAUUAGGUACAGUACUUAUCUUAUGACCGUACAUUUGAUAAAGAAUGAUAAACAUUGUAUGGUUAGUAAUAUCUAGAAAUAAGAAUUCCCACAAGAAAGUUUUCAUUCGUGUGACAGAACUCAAGAUUUCCCUCAUAAGAAUGUUGUUUGAGUCUCAGGAUAAGUAAGCUGGAACUUAUUACAGGUGUUAAAUCAAAUGGCAUAUAGUACUGUAUAUAUAUGUAUUACUGUAUAUGUACUGUACAGUAUGUGUAUGACCCAUUGCAAGACCUAGAACAGUGAAUCAUCAAGAAAACCAAUUCAGUGAACAGCAAGGAGUUAGAUCCAUGUUUUGUUCUGUGCAUGCUUUAAGCUUACACACAUCUGUGAGUACAGUAUAUCAAAAUUGGACAAUUAAAUGAUUGAAUAAAAGUUAUGAAUUACCUGGUUUGUGUGUGUGUGUGUGUGUGACAAAGUUUCACAUGACUUAGGAGUUCCUAAUACCCAAUGCUUGUGUUCUGAAGGGAACUGAAUAGAAAAUAUGAAAUCAAAUCCAUUCCCCAAAAUAAGUAUUUUCACAUGUACAGUAUUUAAUAUGAAAGAAGCUUUAAGAUGCAUAAUACAAGCACAAAUUAUAUGUCACAGUUUUAAUAUAGAGUUAUUAAUAGUCUUUGUGAUAAAUACUUGUGAAAAAGUGUUUUUAUAGUGAAUUUGGUAUACUGUAUAGAACUUGGGGGCACAUCUGGCCAGUGAGAUGUGUCUGGUUGUCUGGUGACCAUCAGCUUUACCAAAUGGUUGUUGUCAUUUGAUUCUGUAUGUUAAGAAUGUUCUGAUUAACUGAAGAGUUUAAAUAAUGUGAUAACAUUAUAUGUGCCAUUUAGUAGUGCUGAGCCUGAGGAGUAACAUACAGUUGUAAGUUCCUUGGGUGAAAAGUCUAGUACAUUAAUGGCUGUUUUGUUUGAUGUUUAUGAUACACACUUCACAAUGCUCAUACAAAAAUCAUUAUCAGAGCAUAUAUAUGGAUGGCUGGCAAUUUUAAUUGUUUAAUAGUGAAUUUAUUAUGGAAAACUUGUAGUGUUUUAAUAUCUUGAUAAUAUGAGCAUUUUGUAACAUUAUUUGGUGUAUUAUGAAUGUAAACAAGAAUAAAAGAAACUAAAGAAUAGUCUAGGAUUACGAUUAGGAUAUUUAAAACAAAUUGUGUUUUCAGUUACAUCUCUUCAAGUUUGGGUAGACAAG